AAUGAAGCUAAAAACAAAAGCUAAAAGCUAAGAACUGCUCUAAAGAAAGAAUCUGCUCGUGGAUGUCUAUUGCAAGUGAACUUACAGAUGUUCGAAAUGGCUCUAAGCCAAAACAUGGACAGUCUGUGAUCACUAGAAACUGAUCAAUUUUCAAAGUCACCUAAUUUUACAUAACAGAAAAGCUCUAAUACUGCAGAAGAGGAACGAUUUGCUUUUUGCCAUCUACUUUCUCCUAGAACAUGCAUUGAAUCAGCAACCAGCAUACACGACCGGUGCAGACUACAAACUUUCCUCAAUUCCCUUAAAAAUUUCACUUACUCAGAGCAUGAAUGGAGAAUCGAGCUCGCGCACACAUGUAUCGAAGGAUAGGGGAACGGUCGGACGGACCGAUUGAGCGACCCAUCGACGACAGCCAUGCUCGCAAGUCAACCGGACCGUAUAGCAAUAGUGAUAGCACUAGGAGUAAUAGUAGUGGCCUGGGUGUGAGCUGGUUGGGCCCUGCCACUCUCUCUUGAAUAGGAGAGGGGUGACGGCGUUCCUGCCCAGCAAGCAGCGAUAGGGCCGUACAGCGAGUACAGGGCCGAUGUGCAUUCGAGGCAUUUGCGCGUGCGAUUACGGAAAAAAGUGCUUCUCAUAUUCAGCAAACUGAGGCCAGUGGCAAGCCGAAGGCAGGCACAAGUAUAGUCUGAUACCAACCAAUACCACAACAUCAAUACGAACAAGAUUGACAAAUAUCACUGACUCACAUGUCUGUUAAUGAAGUCUACCUCCGUUAAUGUACCAUAGUAAUAACUGUUGUGUCGUAUAAUAGAACCAGCCUCAGAAGGACGAAAAGCGACAAUCGUAUAAGACGUGGGAAUGUGGUAGGAAAGAUAUACGGUGAACGAAGCUUGUUGACUAAAUACUUUUCAAGCUGUGUGAAUAACAGUGUGUGUGGCGGAAAACGGACGGAAGGCAGCGCAAUAACUUUGAAUAAACGAUCGCAAAGGCAAGGAACCGAUAUUGUUGUUUCUUCGCAUCGUAGGAAUAAACAUCUGGAAAAAAAGAAGCUGACAGCGAAAUAAUCGCAAGCGACAACAUAACGGCAGGACAUGGGCGAUGACAACUACGAAUAUUCAAGAGUACAUAAGCUGACAGAGGCUCAGAAAGGUGAACACAACGGCGUCAGAAUGGCGGCGGACUAUAGUAAUAAUCGGCGGUACUCCGCAACAGAUUCUAAACCUGGUAAGAAUCACCAGGAUAAUGAUGAAAGUACUCGCCUCGAGCGAACUCUCGGUCUUAUGAGCGGAGUGACCCUAAUCAUCGGAACGAUGAUUGGCUCAGGUAUAUUCGUGUCGCCCAAAGGCGUUUUUGAGCGGACCGGGUCCGUUGGACUGACGUUGGUCGUCUGGGCAGGUUGCGGACUGCUAUCGCUAUUCGGAUCGCUAAGCUUCGCCGAGUUGGGAACAAUUAUUAACAAAAGUGGCGGUGACUAUAUUUACAUCUACGAAUGCUUCCGCGGCUACUGUGGUGGCUCAAUUCCAGCUUUCAUUCACGCAUGGACAUUUGUACUCCUGCUCAAGCCGGCGUCACUCGGCAUUAUGGCGCUCUCAUUCGCCAAAUACUUAGUUGCCCCAUUUUUCCUCACAUGCAGUGACAUCCCUCAAGAGCCAAUGAAACUGAUUGCGCUUGCCUGCAUAGCUCUGGUGACUUACAUCAACUGUGCAAGCGUCAGUGUUGCUUCGCGUAUUCAAACGGUGUUUACCAUCGCGAAGCUGUCUGCAAUUGUAGCCAUCAUUCUAGGAGGCUGCUACUGGAUAGCUAUGGGGCGAAUUGAGCAUCUUGCCAAAGGUUUUGAGGGCUCUACCACGUCGUUCAGCGACAUUGCCACAGCGUUCUACUCUGGGCUCUGGGCUUACGAUGGUUGGAACAACCUCAAUUAUGUUACUGAGGAGCUCAUCAACCCCUAUGUUAAUCUUCCCCGCGCUAUCUGGAUUGCAAUACCUAUGGUAACGCUAUGCUAUGUACUCAUUAACGUCGCCUACCUGACUGUCCUCUCCAGCGUCGAAUUCCUCGCAUCUGAAGCUGUUGCAGUACGUUUCGGUAACCAGGUGUUUGGUUCUGCAGCAGCUUUCAUUGCUCUAUGUGUAGCAGCCUCAACAUUCGGUUCUUCUAAUGGCUCCACUUUCACUGCUUCGAGGAUCUCGUUUUCCGCGGCACGGGAAGGUCACCAACUUGCUUUGCUCUCAUACAUACACAAGGAUCGUCUAACUCCAUGUCCCGCACUCAUAGUGAACGGUGUUUUGGGUGCCAUCUUGAUUUUGAUCAGUGACAUCGCUAGCCUCAUCGACCUGUUCGGUUUUGCAGCCUGGUUAUUCUACGGACUCGCCACCUUUACACUCAUUGUGUUCAGAUUCACAAGGCCCGACGAUCACCGACCUUACAAGGUGAACAUCGCGAUUCCAAUAAUUACUUGCAUUGUAGCUAGCUACCUUGUUGUAGCUCCAAUUGUGCGAAACCCGCAGAUCGAGUACCUCUACGCCUGCGCCUUCAUGGCUUCUGGAUUGAUAUUCUAUGUGCCCUUUGUACACUUCAGGCUGAGACUUUCCAUUAACCGUUAUAUCACAACACUUGUCCAGUGCGUACUUCAUGUUAUUCCCACGACUCAAUCCGACGAGGAAAUCAGAUAAUGAAGAUUCCCGCGUCAGUGAUUUUUCACGUUGGAUUACUUUGUUACCGAAAAAUGCAAUUAGACGAUUAUUUUUCAAGCAAUUUUGUUACCUACCGUUCUGGGGGUUAUUUUCAUGAACCGGAAAAAAUGUGACUAACCCACGUUUUUACGCAUGAAAUCUAUCAUACUGCUUAUGCCUGCGAACAGCCAAAAACUGUUAGCCAAGACAUAAAUGGCACCAAAUCUUUCACCUAAAAUUCAUUACUAUCAUUGUACAGAACAUACAAAAUAGAAGGCACAUCAUAAACGCUGUAGUUUGUACUUAGUUACAAGAGCUUAAAAAAAGCUCCAUUCGGCUGAAUUUAUAAAAGAUUGGUGCGGGUGAGCAAGCAGUGGAUAAAAAAUGUACUAUACCUUAACACUUAGAAAUAAACGUUGGU